GUCGAAUCAAAAUCGGAUAAUAACAGCGAGAAUGGCAGCGCACGUUCAAGUAUCAGUGGCUUGGCGCCUCCGCAAAUCCGCGAAUCUGCUUCACUCAGAAGAGGACUAUUCAAGAAGCGAGAGAAAUUAUCGAAUGCCGAUGACAGCGAUUUGGAUUCUUCACCGUCUACACCUCGGAACGCGCAGACAGGUGAAGAAGCAGCAGCUGCGGGUUCAUCGGCCUCACCCCUUCUUCCAGCCCACGCUGCAAAGAAGAAAAGCGGUGGAAAACUGCAUUUUGGUAAUGCAUUUCUGUUGAUAGAAAUGACAGUUCUAGCUCGCAGUGCCAUCCGACCCCUCAGGCACACUGAAUUCUUGUUAUUAAUUGCAAACUAA